AUGAAGCUAGCCUGCGAGGAGACGCUGGCUUCUUUGACCAAAGACUCGACUACGGGCCUCCCAGGUGUUACACUCGCCGUAUUCAACCAAAACGGUACCCAAACCUCCUCCGAAUGUAUUGUAUUCAGCAGAUGCCUCGGCCGAGCUCAGAAAGACAGCGACGAGGAGAUCACACUCGAAACCUUAUUCUCUGGGUUUUCUUGCACCAAGCUGUUAACCACGAUUUGCGUCCUGCAACUCACCGAAAAGGGUUUAAUAAACCUAGACAAUGGGGUCGGAAGCAUUUUGCCUGAGCUGAAAGACCCAGAUAUCAUCUCUGAAGGUCCUCGGGGAUCUUUCCAACUGAAACCAGCUACAAACAAAAUCACCUUGCGCCACCUGAUAACACACACAAGCGGGCUUUCCUACGAUGCUAUGCACCCGCUUUUGGUUGCUUGGCGGAAGUCUCGCGGAGAGGAGCCGUUGGUAAUGAGUGGGAGAGUGUGCGAAGCCUUUUCUCUUCCCCUGCUAUUCGAACCCGGCACUAGUUGGGUUUAUGGCGCGGGCCUCGACUGGGCCGGAAUUUUGAUCGAGAGAGUGAGCGGCAAGGCUUUGAACAUUUACAUGGACGAAAAUAUUUUCAACCCUCUCGGCCUAAGACGAUCAACCUUCCACCUGCGGCAGCGACCAGACAUUGAGAAGGACGCCGCUCAGAUGUGGCUUCGCAAUGACACAGGAAAGCUGGUGCCUAUCCUUUCACCAUACCCAGUCGACGCGCAAGAUGAUUCAGGCGGCAUGGGUUUGAUAACCUCUACCUCUGAUUUGACAUCGGUUUUGAGGGACCUCUUGCGUGAUACACCGCUACUCCUGAAAGCAGAGACGGUGGAAACGAUGUUCACUCCGCAGUUCCAGCACGGAUCACCUAUGUACGAUGGCUUACUCAAGCAAAAGUCACUGCAUGAACAGUUGACUGGGGAUAGCUCGGGAUGUCCUCAGGUCGCAUUUGGUCUAGGGGGUCUUGUUACCCAAGGGACCGUGCCUAACUUGCCCGCAAAGACCUUGACUUGGAAUGGCAUGCCCAAUAUUGGAUGGUUCAUUAAUCGCGAGCAGCGAAUGGGAGCCAUAUUUGUUACCCAAUUGUUGCCUCCAGGUGACCCUAAGAGUGUUGGCAUUCUAGGCGAGUUCUGGAGAGAGCUUUGGGCCCGACAUGCAGACUUUGAGGCGCCUUCUUGA